AUGACUGCAGAAAAAACUACACCAGCUGAUAAAACAACAAAAGAAACUUCAGCAGCUAAUACAACAACAGAAGAAACAACACUAGCUGACACUACAACUGAAGCAACUACACCAGCUGAUACAACAACAGAGGAAACUACAUCAGCUGAUGCAACAGAAGAAACUACACCGGCUGAUACAACAACAGUAGUAGGAUCUACACCAGCUGACACAACAACUGAAGAAACUACGACAGCUGAUACAACAACAGAAGAAACUACACCAGCUGAUACAACAACUGAAGCAACUACACCAGCAGAUACAACAACAAAGGAAAUUACACAAGCUGAUACAACAACUGAAGAAACUACAUUAGCUGAUACAACAACAGUAGAAACUACACCAGCCGAUACAACAACCGAAGAAACGAUAUCAGCUGAUACAACAACUGAAGAAACUACUUCAGCUGAUACAACAAAUGAAGAAACCACACCAGCUGAUACAACAAGAGAAGGAUCUAUACUAGCUGUUACUACAACUGAUGAAACUACACCGGCUGAUACAACAACUGAAGAAACUACGAAAGCUGAUACAACAACGGAAGAAACUACACCGGCUGAUACAACAACUGAAGAAACUACGACGGCUGAUACAACAACCGAAGACACGACACCAGCUGAAACAACAACUGAAGAAAUUACUUCAGCUGAUACAACAAAUGAAGAAACCUCACCAGCUGAUACAACAACAGAAGGAUCCACACUAGCUCUUACUACAGCCGAAGAAACUACGACAGCUGAUACAACAACUGAAGAAACGACACCAGCUGAUACAACAGCAGAAGAAACUACACCAGCUGAUACAACAACUGAAGAAACUACUUUAGCUGAUACAACAAAUGAAGAAACUACACCAGCUGAUACAACAACAGAAGGAUCUACACUAGAUGUUACUACAACUGAAGAAACUACGACAGCUGAACAAACAAAAGAAGAAACUACACCGGCUGAUACAACAACUGAAGAAACUACUUCAGCUGCUGCAACAAAUGAAGAAACCACACCAGCUGAUACAACAACAGAGGGAUCUACACUAGCUGUUACUACAACUGAAGAAACUACAACAGCUGAUACAACAACUGAAAAAAUUACUUCAGCUGAUACAACAAAUGAAGAAACCACACCAGCUGAUACAACAACAGAAGGAUCUAUACUAGCCGUUACUACAACUGAAGAAACUACGACAGCUGAUCCAACAACUGAAGAAACUACGCCAGCUUAUACAACAACAGUAGAAAUUACACAAGCCGAUCCAACAACUGAAGAAACUACUUCAGCUGAUACAGCAAAUGAAGAAACCACACCAGAUGAUACAAGAACAGAGGGAUCUACACUAGCUGAUACAACAACUGAAGAAACUACACCAGCCGAUACAACAGCUGAAGAAACUACGACGGCUGAUACAACAACCGAAGAAAUUACACCAGCUGAUACAACAACUGAAGAAACUACGACGGCUGAUACAACAACCGAAGACACAACACCAGCUGACACAACAAGUGAAGAAACUACUUCAGCUGAUACAACAAAUGAAGAAACUACACCAGCUGAUACAACACCUGAAGAAACCACACCAGCUGAUACAACAACAGAAGAAACUACACCGGCUGAUACAAGAACUGAAGAAACUACAUUAGCUGAUACAACACCUGAAGAAACCACACCAGCUGAUACAACAACAGAAGAAACUACACCGGCUGAUACAAGAACUGAAGAAACUACACCAGCCGAUACAUCAACUGAAGAAACAACGAUGGCUGAUUCAACAACCGAAGAAACGACACCAGCUGAUACAACAACUGAAGAAACUACUUCAGCUGAUACAACAAAUAAAGAAACCACACCAGCUGAUACAACAACAGAAGGAUCUACACUAGCUGUUACUACAACUGAAGAAACUACACCAGCUGAUACAACACCUGAAGAAACCACACGAGCUGAUACAACAAUAGAAGAAACUACACCGGCUGAUACAACAACUGAUGGAACUAAACCGGCUGAUACAACACCUGAAGAAACCACACCAGCUGAUACAACAACUGAAGAAACUACUUCAGCUGAUAAAACAAAUAAAGAAACCACACCAGCUGAUACAACAACAGAAGGAUCUACACUAGCUGUUACUACAACUGAAGAAACUAAACCAGCUGAUACAACACCUGAAGAAACCACACCAGCUGAUACAAAAAUAGAAGAAACAACACCGGCUGAUACAACAACUGAAGGAUCUACACUAGCUGAUACAACAACUGAAGAAACUACACCAGCCGAUACAACAACUGAAGAAACUACGACGGCUGAUACAACAACCGAAGAAAUGACACCAGCUGAUACAACAACUGAAGAAAUUACUGCAGCUGAUACAACAAAUGAAGAAACCACACCAGCUGAUACCACAACUGAAGAAAUUACUUCAGCUGAUACAACAACUGGAGAAACCACACCUGCUGAUACAACAAUAGAAGGAUCUACACUAGCAGUUAUUACAACUGAAGAAACUACGACAGCUGAUUCAACAUCAGAAGAAACUACACCGGCUGAUACAACAACUGAAGAAACUACGCCAGAUGAUACAACACCUGAAGAAACCACACCAGCUGAUAUAACAACAGGAGAACCUACACCGGCUGAUACAACAACUGAUGAAACUACACCGGCUGAUACAACAACUGAAGAAACUACGACGGCUGAUACAACAACCGAAGAAACGACACCAGCCGAUACAACAACUGAAGAAACUACUUCAGCUGAUACAACAAAUGCAGAAACCGCACCAGCUGAUACAACAACAGAAGGAUCCACACUAGCUGUUACUACAACUGAAGAAACUACUUCAGCUGAUACAACAAAUGAAGAAACCUCACCAGCUGAUACAACAACAGAAGGAUCCACACUAGCUCUUACUACAGCCGAAGAAACUACGACAGCUGAUACAACAACUGAAGAAACGACACCAGCUGAUACAACAGCAGAAGAAACUACACCAGCUGAUACAACAACUGAAGAAACUACUUUAGCUGAUACAACAAAUGAAGAAACUACACCAGCUGAUACAACAACAGAAGGAUCUACACUAGAUGUUACUACAACUGAAGAAACUACGACAGCUGAACAAACAAAAGAAGAAACUACACCGGCUGAUACAACAACUGAAGAAACUACUUCAGCUGCUGCAACAAAUGAAGAAACCACACCAGCUGAUACAACAACAGAGGGAUCUACACUAGCUGUUACUACAACUGAAGAAACUACAACAGCUGAUACAACAACUGAAAAAAUUACUUCAGCUGAUACAACAAAUGAAGAAACCACACCAGCUGAUACAACAACAGAAGGAUCUAUACUAGCCGUUACUACAACUGAAGAAACUACGACAGCUGAUCCAACAACUGAAGAAACUACGCCAGCUUAUACAACAACAGUAGAAAUUACACAAGCCGAUCCAACAACUGAAGAAACUACUUCAGCUGAUACAGCAAAUGAAGAAACCACACCAGAUGAUACAAGAACAGAGGGAUCUACACUAGCUGAUACAACAACUGAAGAAACUACACCAGCCGAUACAACAGCUGAAGAAACUACGACGGCUGAUACAACAACCGAAGAAAUUACACCAGCUGAUACAACAACUGAAGAAACUACGACGGCUGAUACAACAACCGAAGACACAACACCAGCUGACACAACAAGUGAAGAAACUACUUCAGCUGAUACAACAAAUGAAGAAACUACACCAGCUGAUACAACACCUGAAGAAACCACACCAGCUGAUACAACAACAGAAGAAACUACACCGGCUGAUACAAGAACUGAAGAAACUACAUUAGCUGAUACAACACCUGAAGAAACCACACCAGCUGAUACAACAACAGAAGAAACUACACCGGCUGAUACAAGAACUGAAGAAACUACACCAGCCGACACAUCAACUGAAGAAACAACGAUGGCUGAUUCAACAACCGAAGAAACGACACCAGCUGAUACAACAACUGAAGAAACUACUUCAGCUGAUACAACAAAUAAAGAAACCACACCAGCUGAUACAACAACAGAAGGAUCUACACUAGCUGUUACUACAACUGAAGAAACUACACCAGCUGAUACAACACCUGAAGAAACCACACCAGCUGAUACAACAAUAGAAGAAACUACACCGGCUGAUACAACAACUGAUGGAACUAAACCGGCUGAUACAACACCUGAAGAAACCACACCAGCUGAUACAACAACUGAAGAAACUACUUCAGCUGAUAAAACAAAUAAAGAAACCACACCAGCUGAUACAACAACAGAAGGAUCUACACUAGCUGUUACUACAACUGAAGAAACUACACCAGCUGAUACAACACCUGAAGAAACCACACCAGCUGAUACAACAAUAGAAGAAACUACACCGGCUGAUACAACAACUGAAGGAACUACACUGGCUGAUACAACAACAGUAGAAAUUACACCAGCCGAUACAACAACUGAAGAAACUACGACGGCUGAUACAACAACCGAAGAAACCACACCAGCUGAUACAACAAUAGAAGAAACAACACCGGCUGAUACAACAACUGAAGGAUCUACACUAGCUGAUACAACAACUGAAGAAACUACACCAGCCGAUACAACAACUGAAGAAACUACGACGGCUGAUACAACAACCGAAGAAAUGACACCAGCUGAUACAACAACCGAAGAAAUUACACCAGCUGAUACAACAACUGAAGAAACUACGACGGCUGAUACAACAACCGAAGACACAACACCAGCUGACACAACAAGUGAAGAAACUACUUCCGCUGAUACAACAAAUGAAGAAACUACACCAGCUGAUACAACACCUGAAGAAACCACACCAGCUGAUACAACAACAGAAGAAACUACACCGGCUGAUACAAGAACUGAAGAAACUACAUUAGCUGAUACAACACCUGAAGAAACCACACCAGCUGAUACAACAACAGAAGAAACUACACCGGCUGAUACAACAACUGAUGAAACUACACCGGCUGAUACAACAACUGAAGAAACUACGACGGCUGAUACAACAACCGAAGAAACGACACCAGCCGAUACAACAACUGAAGAAACUACUUCAGCUGAUACAACAAAUGCGGAAACCGCACCAGCUGAUACAACAACAGAAGGAUCCACACUAGCUGUUACUACAACUGAAGAAACUACGACAGCUGAUACAACAACAGAAGAAACUACGAUUGCUGAUACAACAAUCGAAGAAACGACACCAGCUGAUACAACAACUGUAGAAAUUACUUCAGCUGAUACAACAAAUGAAGAAACCACACUAGCUGUAACUACACCUGAAGAAACUACGCCAGCUGAUACAACAAUCGAAGAAACGACACCAGCUGAUACAACAACUGAAGAAAUUACUUCAGCUGAUACAACAAAUGAAGAAACCACACUAGCUGUUACUACACCUGAAGAAACUACGCCAGCUGAUACAACAACAGAAGAAACUACACCGACUGAUACAACAACUGAAGAAACUACACUAGCUGAUACAACAACUGAAGAAACUACGACGGCUGAUACAACAACCGAAGAAACGACACCAGCUGAUACAACAACUGAAGAAACUACUAUAGCUGCUAAAACAAAUGAAGAAACUACUUCAGCUGCUACAACAAAUGAAGAAACCACACCAGCUGAUACAACAACAGAGGGAUCUACACUAGCUGUUACUACAACUGAAGAAACUACACCGGCUGAUACAACAACAAAAGAAACUACACCGGCUGAUACAACAACUGAAGAAACUACGCCAGCUGAUACAACAACAGAAGAAACUACACCGGCUGAUACAUCAACAAAAGAAAAUACGACGGCUGAUACAACAAAUGAAGAAACCACACCAGCUGAUACAACAACAGAAGGAUCUACACUAGCCGUUACUACAACUGAAGAAACUACGACAGCUGAUCCAACAACAGAAGAAACUACGCCAGCUUAUACAACAACAGUAGAAAUUACACAAGCCGAUCCAACAACUGAAGAAACUACUUCAGCUGAUACAGCAAAUGAAGAAACCACACCAGAUGAUACAAGAACAGAGGGAUCUACACUAGCUGAUACAACAACUGAAGAAACUACACCAGCCGAUACAACAACUGAAGAAACUACGACGGCUGAUACAACAACCGAAGAAAUUACACCAGCUGAUACAACAACUGAAGAAACUACGCCAGCUGAUACAACAACAGAAGAAACUACACCGGCUGAUACAACAACUGAAGAAACUACUUUAGCUGCUAGAACAAAUGAAGAAACCACACCAGCUGAUACAACAACAGAAGGAUCUACACUAGCUGUUACUACAACUGAAGAAACUACACCAGCUGAUACAACACCUGAAGAAACCACACCAGCUGAUACAACAAUAGAAGAAACUUCACCGGCUGAUAAAAAAACUGAAGGAACUACACUGGCUGAUACAACAACCGAAGAAACCACACCAGCUGAUCCAAAAACUGAAGAAACUACGCCAGCGUAUACAACAACAGUAGAAAUUACACAAGCCGAUCCAACAACUGAAGAAACUACUUCAGCUGAUACAGCAAAUGAAGAAACCACACCAGAUGAUACAAGAACAGAGAGAUCUACACUAGCUGAUACAACAACUGAAGAAACUACACCAGCCGAUACAACAACUGAAGAAACUACGACGGCUGAUACAACAACAGAAGAAACUACACCGGCUGAUACAACAACUGAAGAAACUACUUCAGCUGCUAGAACAAAUGAAGAAACCACACCAGCUGAUACAACAACAGAAGGAUUUACACAAGUUGUUACUACAACUGAAGAAACUACAACAGCUGAAACAACAACUGAAGAAACUACGCCAGCUGAUACAACAACUGAAGAAUUUACGACGGCUGAUACAACAACCGAAGAAACGACACCAGCCGAUACAACAACUGAAGGAACUACUUCAGCUGAUACAACAAAUGCAGAAACCACACCAGCUGAUACAACAACAGAAGGAUCCACACUAGCUGUUACUACAACUGAAGAAACUAUGACAGCUGAUACAACAACAGAAGAAACUACGAUGGCUGAUACAACAAUCGAAGAAACGACACCAGCUGAUACAACAACUGAAGAAACUAUUUUAGCUGAUACAACAAAUAAAGAAACCACACCAGCUGAUACAACAACAGAAGGAUCUACACUAGCUGUUACUACAACUGAAGAAACUACACCAGCUGAUACAACACCUGAAGAAACCACACCAGCUGAUACAACAAUAGAAGAAACUUCACCGGCUGAUACAAAAACUGAAGGAACUACACUGGCUGAUACAACAACCGAAGAAACCACACCAGCUGAUACAACAACUGAAGGAACUACACUAGCUGUUACUACAACUGAAGAAACUACACCAGCUGAUACAACACCUGAAGAAACUACACCGACUGAUACAACAACUGAAGAAACUACACUAGCUGAUACAACAACUGAAGAAACUACGAUGGCUGAUACAACACCCGAAGAAACGACACUAGCUGAUACAACAACUGAAGAAACUACUAUAGCUGCUAAAACAAAUGUCGAAACUACUUCAGCUGCUACAACAAAUGAAGAAACCACACCAGCUGAUACAACAACAGAGGGAUCUACACUAGCUGUUACUACAACUGAAGAAACUACAUCGGCUGAUACAACAACAAAAGAAACUACACCGGCUGAUACAACAACUGAAGAAACUACGCCAGCUGAUACAACAACAGAAGAAACUACACCAGCUGAUACAACAACAGAAGGAUCUACACUAGCCGUUACUACAACUGAAGAAACUACGACAGCUGAUCCAACAACUGAAGAAACUACGCCAGCUUAUACAACAACAGUAGGAAUUACACAAGCCGAUCCAACAACUGAAGAAACUACUUCAGCUGAUACAGCAAAUGAAGAAACCACACCAGAUGAUACAAGAACAGAGAGAUCUACACUAGCUGAUACAACAACUGAAGAAACUACACCAGCCGAUACAACAACUAAAGAAACUACGACGGCUGAUACUACAACCGAAGAAACGACACCAGCUGAUACAACAACUGAAAAAAUUUCUUCAGCUGAUACAACAAAUGAAGAAACCACACCAGCUGAUACAACAACAGAAGGAUCUACACUAGCCGUUACUACAACUGAAGAAACUACGACAGCUGAUCCAACAACUGAAGAAACUACGCCAGCUUAUACAACAACAGUAGGAAUUACACAAGCCGAUCCAACAACUGAAGAAACUACUUCAGCUGAUACAGCAAAUGAAGAAACCACACCAGAUGAUACAAGAACAGAGAGAUCUACACUAGCUGAUACAACAACUGAAGAAACUACACCAGCCGAUACAAUAACUGAAGAAACUACGACGGCUGAUACAACAACCGAAGAAAUUACACCAGCUGAUACAACAACUGAAGAAACUACGCCAGCUGAUACAACAACAGAAGAAACUACACCGACUGAUACAACAACUGAAGAAACUACUUCAGCUGCUAGAACAAAUGAAGAAACCACACCAGCUAAUACAACAACAGAAGGAUUUACACAAGCUGUUACUACAACUGAAGAAACUACAACAGCUGAAACAACACCUGAAGAAACCACACCAGCUGAUACAACAAUAGAAGAAACUUCACCGGCUGAUACAAAAACUGAAGGAACUACACUGGCUGAUACAACAACCGAAGAAACCACACCAGCUGAUACAACAACUGAAGGAACUACACUAGCUAAACCACACCUACUGAUACAACAAUAG